CAGUCCCUUCCGCCCACCGACUUGGGCGCUUACGGCGCGCCUUCGCCGAGCGGGCCGUUGGGCUCUUCGGCCGGCGCGUCAGCCAAGCCGCCCGUCCACAUCGCCGACCUGUGGGCGCAACUAGCAGCGGCGUCGCCAACAGGCGGAGGCCGCGCUCGCUCCACGCCAUCCGGGGUGCCGAGACGGCCGCUGUCUUUCAAGCAGCAGCUGCUCUUGGCAAGCAUGGGUUGUCACGGCGAGGACGUCCUGCGCGCUAACCACACCAUUGCAGAGUUCAACGUGCUCCUGGCCGAAGCCCGAAAGUACAGGGACGAGUUCCUGGAGCAGCACCACGCCAAGCCCGCCAGCACGUACUUGUACAACAUCACGGCAGCAAUACACGAAGGCGACAUGCCGGACCGUGCGACCGCGACGCAUGCGGCGGUCAUGCAAUUGUGGAUCGCGGCUGCCGGCAGCCUGCGAGCAGAUACCGCCAUAGAGCUCAUUUAUGACUAUGGCAUGGACGCGGGCACCGUCCUCAAGACGGACCAGGAGUUCGCGCGCUCGGUGCUGACGGCCGCGCAGCAGGCGCGAGCGUCGGGCGCCCUCCUGACCACAACCACGCCAGCCAAGCGAGCCGCAAGCAGCCCCGCCGAGCCAGAUUCAAGUGCCUCCCCCCGCACAGUGUAUGUCGGCCAGUCACAGGACCCUCAACGCCGCUUCCAAGCUCAUGCCCGCAACCCACCCAGCCGGAUGAAGGAGGACGCCAGCCGCUACCAACCCUUCCAUGACCACUUCUCGCUCACGCGCCUCAUGUCCACCGCCAAUCCUGCACUGGCCCAACGGAUGGAGGCCUUCUACAUCGCGCAGUUCAAGGCUCGGGGGCCAGGCGGCUACAAUGUGCUGUGCGGGCCGCCUUCCGCCAGCCCGGCCUUCUACGCGAUGAGGCGGCAACGCGCAGGCAGCGCACACACGCCCACCGCCGUCACGUGCUGCUGCACGGACAAGCAGCCGGGUAGUGGGUUUAUGGCUUGA